GUGCGCUGAGGCGUUCCAUCACAACCCCUGCUGCCUGCUGCCACUCUCUGCUCCUCAUCAUCCUCCUCUUGAACAGAGCGGGAGGGGGGGGAGUGUGAGUGAGAGAGGGAGAGAGAGAGAGAGCGCGUGUGCCUGAGACACGGUGAGUGAGAGAAGGAAAGAGGCGUUCUACUGAGAGAGAGCUGUGAAGACCAAGAAAAGGAAGGAGCAACGGAGGGGAAAACGGAAGGCAUUACAUCACCAGCUCCUUAAACAGGCAAAAAUUAAGACAUCCCUGGGGAGGUGGGAGGAAAAUAAACUAACAAAUCAAAAAUAGAAAAUAGGGACAAUUGCUUCCUUCUUGAGGACCUCUCUCUCCUUGUGGAAAGGAAUCAAGAUCUACAGGAUCCAAUCCUGGCUGAAAACUCUGUGUAUGUGUUGUGACUCAGACACCACCACGGCACUAUGCUGAACAACCUCACGGACUGUGAAGAGGGCGACGGUGGACCUAACCAGGGUGAUGCCAACCCCAAGGAAAGCAGUCCCUUCAUUAACAGCAGCAAUGUGGAAAAAGGAAAAGAAUAUGAUGGGAAAAACAUGGCUCUGUUUGAGGAGGAAAUGGACACCAGUCCAAUGGUAUCUUCUCUUCUCAGCAGCCUGGCCAACUACUCUAACCUGCCCCAGGGAAGCAAGGAGCAUGAGGAGGCAGAGAACAAUGAAGAGGCACGCAAGAAACCCGUCAAGGCUCCUCGAAUGGGCACCUUCAUGGGUGUCUAUCUGCCCUGUCUGCAGAACAUCUUUGGAGUGAUCUUGUUUCUGCGUCUCACCUGGGUUGUUGGAAUUGGAGGGGUGAUGGAGUCCUUCUGCAUCGUUUUCAUGUGCUGUGCCUGUACUAUGCUGACUGCUAUCUCUAUGAGUGCCAUUGCCACAAAUGGAGUUGUACCAGCUGGAGGUUCCUACUACAUGAUUUCACGCUCGCUUGGCCCAGAAUUUGGAGGUGCCGUCGGGCUCUGCUUCUACCUAGGGACUACAUUUGCUGGUGCCAUGUAUAUCCUUGGAACCAUUGAGAUUCUACUGACAUAUAUAGUACCAAAUGCAGCUGUCUUCAAAAUGGACGGCCUUGAAGGGGCAGAGGCUGAAAAUGCCAUGCUAAACAAUAUGCGCAUCUAUGGCACUUGUGUUCUUUCUUGUAUGGCUGUGGUGGUCUUCGUUGGAGUAAAGUAUGUGAAUAAGCUAGCACUGGUCUUCCUUGCCUGCGUCAUUGUCUCCAUUAUUUCUAUCUAUGCUGGAGUGAUCAAGUCAGCCUUCGAUCCUCCUGAUUUUCCGAUCUGCAUUCUGGGAAAUCGCACCCUGAUCUGGAAAGACUUUGAUAUUUGUGCAAAACUUGUGGAAGUAGGCAAUGAAACAGUCACAACUAAACUGUGGAGGCUCUUCUGUGACUCACCAUUCCUAAAUGCCACCUGUGACCAGUAUUUUACAGUCAACAAUGUUACAGAGGUGCAGGGAAUUCCAGGCGCGGCAAGUGGAAUCAUCACUGAAAAUCUCUGGAGUAACUACAUGGAUAAAGGAAUAAUCCUUGAGAAGAAAGGGGAGGAAUCGGUGUCCAGCGAUGAAGGAACCCCCAGUUUCACUAAGAAUUAUGUUAUUAGUGACAUGACCACCUUCUUCACACUGCUGGUGGGAAUCUACUUUCCUUCUGUCACAGGCAUCAUGGCAGGAUCAAACAGAUCAGGAGAUCUUCGGGAUGCUCAGAAGUCAAUCCCAAUCGGCACCAUCCUUGCAAUUUCUACAACUUCCUUUGUCUAUAUGUCCAGCAUUAUUUUGUUUGGGGCCUGUAUUGAGGGUGUAGUACUGAGAGACAAGUUCGGUGAGGCUGUCAAUGGUAACCUGGUCAUUGGAACUCUGGCUUGGCCUUCACCUUGGGUUAUUGUUAUUGGGUCCUUCUUCUCCACCUGUGGAGCAGGUCUGCAGAGCUUGACAGGGGCACCCAGGCUCCUGCAGGCUAUCUCAAGGGAUGGCAUUGUCCCCUUCCUCCGAGUAUUUGGCCAUGGUAAAGCAAAUGGCGAGCCAACCUGGGCUUUGCUCCUGACUGCCUCUAUUUGUGAAAUUGGGAUCCUCAUUGCCUCUCUGGAUGCUGUGGCGCCUAUUCUUUCCAUGUUCUUUCUGAUGUGUUAUAUGUUUGUAAACCUUGCCUGUGCCUUACAGACACUUCUUCGGACCCCUAACUGGAGACCCCGAUUCAAAUACUACCACUGGACUCUUUCAUUUCUGGGUAUGAGCUUAUGUCUGUCACUUAUGUUUAUCUGUUCCUGGUACUAUGCCAUUGUUGCCAUGGUUAUUGCUGGUUGCAUCUACAAAUACAUCGAAUAUCGUGGGGCUGAGAAGGAGUGGGGAGAUGGAAUCAGAGGAAUAUCCCUCAGCGCAGCCCGAUUUGCUCUGAUGCGGCUAGAAGAAGGACCGCCUCACACCAAGAACUGGAGGCCUCAGCUCCUGGUCUUGGUGAAUGUUGACCAGGACCAGAAUGUCAAACACCCUCAAUUGCUUUCGUUCACCAAUCAGCUGAAGGCGGGUAAAGGCCUGACCAUUGUGGGCACAGCGCUGGAAGGGACCUACCUGAACAACCACCUGCAGGCACAGCGGGCUGAGCAGUCCCUCCGACGACUAAUGGAAGCUGAGAAGGUCAAAGGGUUCUGCCAAGUUGUGAUCUCAUCUAACCUACGGGAUGGAUUAUCCCAUCUGAUCCAGGCUGGAGGUCUUGGAGGCUUGAAGCACAACACUGUCCUGGUGGGAUGGCCACGAAACUGGAAACAAGCUGAAGAUCACCAGACCUGGCGUGGGUUCAUUGAACUGGUGCGAGAGACCACUGCUGCACACUUAGCUCUGCUGGUGCCCAAAAACAUUUCUGCAUACCCAUCCAAUCAGGAGCGAUUCACGGAGGGCAACAUUGAUGUGUGGUGGAUUGUACAUGACGGAGGGAUGCUUAUGCUGUUGCCUUUCCUUCUGCGUCAGCAUAAAGUGUGGAGGAAAUGCAAGAUGCGUAUCUUCACAGUAGCUCAGAUGGAUGACAACAGCAUUCAGAUGAAGAAAGACCUAACCAUCUUCCUUUAUCAUCUACGAAUCAAUGCUGAGGUUGAGGUGGUGGAGAUGCAUGACAGUGACAUUUCAGCAUACACCUAUGAGAAAACUCUGGUUAUGGAACAACGCUCCCAGAUUCUUAAACAGAUGCAUCUCACCAAGAAUGAACGCGAAAGAGAGAUUCAGAGCAUAACAGAUGAAUCCCGUGGCUCCAUUCGACGCAAGAACCCAGCAAAUACACGAAUCCACCUGACUGUGCAGGAUGACCAAGCAGAAGGGAGUGAAGAGAAACCAGAAGAAGAGGUCCAGCUAAUCCAUGACAAAAAUGCAGCACCCACCCCUGCCAGCCCCCAAUCCCCUGCAGAGGAGGCGGAAACCCCUGGAGAAAAGGUUCAUAUGACAUGGACUGAAAAAUUUACUGGUGAUAAGAACAAGGGCAAAGGCCCCAGCACACCAGAAGGCAUCAAAGACAUCUUCAACAUGAAGCCUGAAUGGGAGUCCCUGAACCAAUCUAAUGUUCGACGAAUGCAUACUGCUCUUAAGCUAAAUGAAGUUAUAAUGAAAAAGUCCCAGGAUGCAAAGCUGGUACUUCUGAAUAUGCCAGGACCACCGAAGAACAGGACAGGAGAUGAGAACUAUAUGGAGUUUCUGGAGGUACUCACUGAAGGCCUCAAUCGGGUUCUGCUGGUGCGUGGAGGAGGCCGGGAGGUUAUCACCAUCUACUCUUGAGAUCCCCAGCUUGGCUUCCAUCAGAUUAUUUGCAAAUGACUGAACCGUCCUCGGCGCCUUGUAUAGAAGGAACAGACCCAUACCACCCUACCCUUUUCUGAUCAAAUGGUGGUGAUAUCAGCUCCACCAUCAUUUGUCAUUUGACAGCAACAAGAAAAAAAAAUGCAAGCUCUACGUACCCUUGUUGUCCAGCCACUCAAGUACAGGUUAUAUUUACUUGGCGCCUGCAGACAUUUAAAUAUUUCAUGCAAGCUUCAAACCAUCUAUUAGAACCUUUAACACAGAUGGGAAAGCUGGUUUUGUUUGUUAUUCACCACACCUGUAUUGGCUGGAGGCACACAUUUCUGGUGUUCUGAUUAUUAUGUGAAUUUGAAUGCGAUUUUGUCAAACUUUGUGACAAGCCAACCUGCUUUUUACCUGCCACUGCAUUUGAACACGUGUAGGCUCUUCUGAAAGACUGAUGAAUGUGGGGCAAAGCUGCUUUCUGGGAAAAUGGCUUUUCAGAGAAGUCAAGGCUAAAAUCCUUGAACUGUGAAGCUACAUAUAUAGGGGGAAAGUGCAUGGUUUGAAAAAAGAAAAAAAAAUACUUGUCAUUUUUUUUAAUUGUCUAAGGUGAGAUGUAAAAAUUGGGUGCAUAUAUAAAGCAUGAAAAACAUGAAAAUGUAGACCCUGAGCAUUGAAAACCUUUUAAAGAUCUUAAUGUAAAGUUUAAAUAGCAUUAUAUAUACAUACACACAUAUAAAGAAUAUAGAUAUUUAUACUUAUUUAUCUUUCACACACACUCACACGUGGGUGAAAGAUAAGUGUCAAAUCACACAGAUCGGUAAUAAUUACAUAUACAUUAGGAGAGUGUAAAAGAUUCUUAUACUGACCAUUUAUAAUACUAGUAAUCAGAAAAGAUGGCUGAGAUAGUUCUCUUAUUUAUGUUCUCUUUUUAGUGCAUUACGUCAAAACAUAUUCUUUAGUUGACUGAAAUUAAUUACAAACUGUACUUGUGCCAUGUUCCCAAGUUUGGAGCUCCUACCUUAAGUAGCCCACCUAAUAUAUACGUCAUGAAAGCAGGUAUGGGUCUUACAACUUACUGUAGGUGGUCGUCAUUGCCCUGUCCAGUUAAAUGUCAGACUGGUGGAGGUAAUAUUGGAAUCCAAAGGACCUCCCUAAUUAGGAAGUCUAAAACUGAAAAGGAAAUGAUAGACCAGCAAAAUGAGUUCCAGACAGCUUUCAUUGGAUAUUACAAAAUAUUCUCCUAACAAACAGGGGUGACUUUCUCUAAAUAUGCUUAGAAUAUUGAACCUAGUAGACAGGAGUGGAUUUCAGACCAUGUAUAUUCACACAGGCACUUCAACACAUUGGCCACUUCUAACUUAUUAGGCAACACGGAAGUACAGCUUCACAUUUCAUUUACUGAUGUGUUCCUGAAGAUUAGAGGAGUCGUUUUCACUCUCCACAUUGUAAGAUAUCUAUUGUAGCCAAUAAAAACACUUUAAUAUUACCACAGGAAGCUGCUGCAUGUCUGGCCUGCAGGUCAUGUCCUGUGGCUUGGUGCCAGAUUUUUAGCAUCUGUGUUUGUUUGCCAGUUUUCAUUAAACAAAGUACAAAUGUUUGUAAAUACAGUUCAAAGAAAGAAAGUUAAACUAUUUAGAAGGAAUAUUUUGAAUUAAAAAAAUAUGAAUAUUUAGACAGCAAGAAGAUGGCACAGCGUCUGUUCCAAUCGGUGCAGUACUUGUCAGUGUGUGUCUCAGAAUUGCAAUAUCUAAACACAGUGACUCCAAGAAAUAUUUCAAUACAAAAAAAACUGUGAAGUAGCUAACUUUUGUAAGAUAGUAAAUUACUACUAUUAUUAUUUUCUUAAAUCUAAUAGACAUACAUAUAUAUAUAUAUAUAUAUAUAUAUAUAUAUAUAUAUAUAUAUAAUUUUUUUUUAAAAUGCAAGACUUUCAAUGCUCAGCAGAGCCCCAGACAGAAAGUUAUAGGUGCAGGUGAGCAGCAGGUUGGCACUUGGUCAUGUCCACUUUUAAGUCCAUCACGUGGUCCUCCAUCAAGUAAUUUUGUUCUGUCAGCAUUGUAGGUUCUGGGGGAGGGGGGGCAUUAAGUGGGCUUAUGUGUGCUUUUUUAUUUUAUUUAUUUAUUUUUAAGAAGAAGAAGGUAUUGCACAGAUUGAAGACUACCUGGGGCAGAGCAGAAAUAACAGGAGAAAGUUUGAGCAAAGGGGAACAGAACCACAUUUGUCUGCUACAUUCAUGAGGAACGUAAGCCCCUUUGAUGGAUGGGCCUGCUUGGGACGGUAGAACAGAAAUGUUUGAGAGGCCCCAGCCACCCCAACACUGGACACAGCUGGUGAAAGACUAGCCAGCUGACAGUAGAGACAUACUACUUCGGCAAGUGCAUUUUCAGAUUGGUGAGCUUGGAGACAAAAACAGGCCAGUGGUUUACACUCUGGCUUAAUUUUGACUUUUGAAACACAAAAAGUCUUGAUUCUGUAAGUUCUGAUCUUUCCUUUUAUGAUUACUGUUUGUUUAAUUGCCAUCACACAGUGAUUAUUACAUGAUUCAUACAUUUCAUGGUUCAUUAGGUGAAUGUACUGUACGUCUUUACACAUAUGAAGCACGUUCUACUUGAUUGCAAUUUUUUGAUUCUCGGCUUAGUUUUAAAGAGCCCAGACUAUGAUGAAAUCAGUUGAAUUAAACGAAGCAUAUCUUAGUUAUUGAGGUAGUGUUAGGAUAAGAAAGUUUCCAAACAAACGAUGUGAAACGAAAGGCGUUGACUUCAACCCAUUUUAAAAGUACAGAUAAUAAGCAAGCAGGUGAAGGCCUUUAGUCGACAUGGGUUAAAAUUCAUAAGAGCAGCUGAUGAAGAAGGGCUUACAUUGACAAACAAGUAAUUGUUGUUUUUUUGAUCAGUGUUCUGUGUUCACCUAAGUCCCACUGCUUUUUUAAUAAAGCAAGAAAUAAGGAAAUGACGUUGGUAAGUUCAGUAUUUGUACCCUUUCCAGAGUCCUUUUUGUGCUAUGCAUGAAUUGGCAGCACUAGAUGAUGGGAAACUGAUAACAGACCUCCCAUCACCUCCACUAAAUAUGGCAAGCAGAUCUAAAAUGAAUCUGCACCUUGAAACGUUGCACUUAUGUUUCCAAAGGGUCUACUAGCAUGCUCCAGACACAGUAUUGUGUUUUUCAGAUCAAGGGAAUGAUAGUUGCUUCUGAUGGUUGGUUAAAAGAGAGCAUCACCAAAAAGAUGAAAGAAUUAACAUGUAGCUCUCCACGGUAUUGACAGCAGCUGUGUAAAGCACUGUGAUUUGCUGCCCCUGAGCCAUGUAUUUAAGCUAUGAAAGCACUUUGACAACACCCCCGUGCCAUUCCGCUGGAAAGUUAUGGAUGAUAGGUUCUGAUAUAGAUGAACGUUCUGAUCAAACGUAGCUUGCCUGACAGUGAUAGAAGACUAGGAACCAAUAGUAUAACACCAUGUUUUUCAAGUAUUGUGCCACAGCACAGAGGUGUACCCUCAAAGCUACCCAGGUGAGCCAUGGAGUUUAUAGUGUGUGCACAUGGGUCUAAACCUGAGAGGGUCAAGCUCCUCAGGUGCUCGAGACCUGUCUGAAGAGGAUAGGACAGCCUGGAGAAGCUGGCAUAAAAGCAGCUCCACAAUCACCAUGUUAGAGCACUUCAGACGCGCCUCAGGGCUGUGUGGUCGCCUGCAAAUUGCACAGGGCUGGUGGAUAGUGGGCAUAUGAGAGGUCAAAGGGACGAAGCAGCUGGGGAUGUGCCCAAAGUGCUCAGUAAGUGUUGUGUCUUUUUUUCUGCUGGCUUCUCUGGUACCCUUGCCCCUUUGGACAGUUGAGCAAGUACAUGAGAUAUACUAUAUAUGUGUUUGUGGUUAGUACAAUAGUGUUGUGCCUUGAGAUGUCUUGAGAUGUUUUUGGUUUCAAAAAGUGUGCCACUGCAGGAAAAAGGUUGGGAAGCACUACAAUGACAUGAUAUAAGUAUACCAUCUAGGAUCAUUCCAUGUCAUUUGUUGGUUGACCAGGUAGCUUUGCACCAAAGAAAUGAGAAAAGACAUGUUUUCCAAGACUUGAACUGCUUUAUUGCAAAAAGUAUCCCACAAAGUUGGUAAAAUUGAGCUCUGCUGCUUCAGUGUAGGACAGGGUUCUUCUUUGCUGGAGGUUGGCAACCUCCUCUCAGUGAAAGAUGGAGGUAUGUAAAUACUGCACAAAGCUGAAAUCCUCCAGUAGUGGCAAAUGUUUAAUGAUCCGAGUGCAAGGCUUUCCUGCUAAUGAAGAGAGCACUGCAGGUCUCAGGUCCAGGUCUCAGACUUUAUUGCUUGUAUGAUUUACAGUACGUUUGCUGUGACAGUGAAGAUAUUUGGUUCCUACAUAUCUUUGUAUGUUAAAUUGAGUCUGAUUCUCAUGACUCUAGACACAGCGAUGUGAAUGAAUUUACUGAUUUCUUGUUAUUUGCCAAUUAGCAGCUUUUCAUCUUUUUGGGGCAGCAAAGCUAUGGAUUAAAGAAACUGUCACUGACAGAUGACAUGGCUGUCCCAAAUAAUUUCACCGGAGACUCACUAGUGGUUGUUUAAAGCCAGCAGAACAUACAGGGGUUUAGAUGAGUGUUAAACUCUAAACUGCAAAGGUAUGGCAAUCAGAAUAUGAACGAAUAUAUAGGGACUACAUUUGGUACAUAAAUAAAUACAAAUGGUAAUAUAUGAAUGCAUGUUGGCUCAGUAGGGAGCUGCUCAUUCCAGCAGCAUCAGGACAAAGCUGGGACCAAACCACUCCUGGCGAACAAACCAGCACAUUUCUGAGUGCACUUAAAGUCAUGUGACGCUGAGUUCAAGUCACAAACUGAUCAAACACGCAUGUGGACUUGGAGGGAGAUGCAGAAUUCACCCAAGCGAGGCCUUGACGUGCUGCCCCAUUCAGUUUUGGUCAUUUAGUAUUUAAAACUGAAGAGGACCGUGUAAUGCCGUGCAGUUGCAGCUUAUCCUAAUACAUAAUCACACGGUUUUGUUCAUCCAACACAGAGUUAGGAAUUGAAUAACGAAAAGAAAAAUAUGAUGAAUCAAGUGAGAAAUUAUUUUUGAUGACUAUAGAUGUUCCUGCACAAACAUUGGGCUCAGCAGGACAGACGUCGUGCUGAUGUCUACGUUGCAAGUGCGGUUUGAUUCUUAGACAUUAAUCUAAUUUCUCGUGUUAAAAUUUCAUAAGCCAUAUAAACAUUUAUUUUUUUAGACACAUUGCAUUAAAGUAAAAAUCUACUAGGCUCAGAGUAAUAUUGUGCCAUCAUCUUGAGGACAGUCCGUCAGCAUGCUCAAAAUGUUUGUAUCGUAUGAAGAGUGCAAAACACUCCGCUCACUGUGCCGAAGUGAAUUCCAAAUCGUCUGUGGCCUCCAUUCUCUAAUAGCUGCACACUUUCCUGCUAUCCGUUUGUAGCAAAGUAUCAAUGGGCCAUGCUUUCAAAGCGAUGGAUCCAUUUGGGGGAAACGUUCUUUAGGCUCGAAGAAGAAAUCCCUUUACGUGUCAGUAACCUGUUGCCAAAUAAUGAAAUAUAAAUACUCUUCUCUUUGUACAAUAUAAAUAAGAGUUUACAAAUGUAUUUUAAAAACGAAAGUACUCCUUUUACUGUGUUACGGUUUCAUGUAUGCUCUGUAGUUUAUUAUUUUGAUGCAUGAAAAAGUACUUUUUUAUUAACGUAUGAGCCUCAGAAUUUAUUAUAAAAGUUGUAGAGGAACUCGUGUUUGAAAGAGUAGUAAUUUAUUAUAUUGAAGAUCUCAUCUGCUGCCAAAAAUACAAAGCAAUCAAAUGUAAGUAAACCAGCGCGAAUUGUUGUGAUCACCGAUUCCGUGCAAUAUUUACUUCAUGCAUUUCGAUCAAGAGAUUUAAUCCUGGAAAGAGAUCAGAGAGCAAGACCUGGCGGAAUUUGGAGGUGUUCUCUUUGAGUCUCAAUGGAGAAGUGUUCGCUUUUUUAAAGAAUAUCUUCUGCAUUGUGUGGUUUGGCAGUUCAAAAUGAAGAGCUUUUUUUUCUAAAAGAAAAAAUAUUGUUUGUAGAGCAGGUAAUAAAUGUGUUAUCUAUGUUUUUAACUCUAUGUAAAACAAAUAUUGUUGCAUAUGACACAAAAGAGAAUUUUUAAACUUUUUGAGUUGAGAAUGCUGCUAAUCUAUAUAGAUUUGUUUGUAUUGUAUUUUCAAAUGUACUAUAUAUAUAUAUAUAUAGAUAUAGAUAUAUAAAAUAUAUACACAUAUAAGAAAGAGACUAAGCAUACAAAAGAAAAUGAGAAAGGGUCUUCUGCACUAUGUAUCACUUGAGGGGAAUCGACUCGGACACUGCAGUCUGAAAGUGAGGGGUGUGUGUGAAGAGAUGAUGCCCUCGUCACCUAAUCGCGCAGCAAUCCUCUGUUAGCACUGCUAAUGGCUACCUAGCGGACAUCCCGGGCACAACCGUCAGAGACCCGUGCCUGCACACAGCAAUCCACAACAGCUUGGGGGCUUCGCAUACACAAGACUGCCAUUUAUUUGGCCUUUAGUCAUGUGGAGUGAGAGAUCAAUGAAUCCUUCACCAAAUGUACGAUGAUUCUGUUACACAGCGGUAGGACCCAAUUAUUUUCUGGGAUGGGUGGUCUGUCUUGUUCUGCUUCUGCUACCACUUAGCUUAUUGAUGAUAUAUUUGUCAAUUACAUUAAAGCUUUAGUAAAGCAUUAAGUACACUGCCUGGACAAAAAAAAAAAAAAAACUCUUUUCUUAUUGGACCAUCGAGAUUUGAUUACGGCACACUUUUGUCAUAGCUUUGUUUUGACGAGCUCAUCCAGAUUUGCCUUCGUUUUUCUCCGAGAUCUUUUCAAUCACACCAUAAAGUUUUCUCCAUCCUAUCCCAAAGACUUUCAAAAGGGUUAAGGCUCAUCUUGAAAAUGAUUCUUUAUGUUCCCGGAAACACUCAAUUGGGCUUUGUCGUCAGUGAAGAUAACCUGAUCAGGAGAUUCAGAUACUCAGCUGACUUCAUUUUAUUGCCGAACAACUGAAGCAGACCCCCAUCAUUACACCACCACUCCGGGGGCUUGUACACUGAGUACUAUGCAUGACGGUUCCACCUCUUUGUACGAGUCCCUCCUUACUCUGAUGCACCCACCGUUACAGAAUAGGUCAAAUCGGGACUCGUCACACCACAACCUUUCUCCAUUGCUCCACAGUCCAACCUUCACUGGUAAUUGGGAGUUGUUUAAUCUAAUUAGCUCCGACAAGGGGUCAUCCUGUGGCCUCAAACAGGUUUAGUCCCCGUCCUCGUCACAUUGUGUGUGUGGUUAAUGCUCUUCACUAUUAAGCAUAGCUGGGAGGCUCCUGUCAGGUUUCAUGAUACGACUUCCCCAAACACUUUAACGAUCUCCGCUUACGGUAAGAUUUUUUUUUCUAACCGCAAAGCUGACAGUUUCACCACUGUCCUUCCAUGUUUUUUAAUUAUAUGUGGAACAGUUCUUAAGCCAAUUCCAUUAAUUUCAACAAUCUCUUUAGUGGUUUUCUUUGCUUGAUGCGGGCCAAUAAUUUGCCCCUUCUGAAACGCAGUAACAUCUUUUCCACGGCCACGGGAAACGUCUGCAAAUUUGUCUGUUUAACUUCCUUCACAUUAACCCCAGGCAUCACUUGGGUGCCGAAAUCUAUGUAAAUAUGGUUAACCUCAAAUUCUACUCGGGGUUAGCCGAUUUUGAAAUGAUAUGGAGCAUUAUGUCCAAAUAUCAUGCAGGACAGUAUUCUGAUGAAUUUUUCUAUGCAUUCUGCCAUUCUGUGGUAACUUGCCAACAUUUCUGAAUAGGGUGGAGCCUUCGACGAAAACAUAAUGGCGUGCAAACAAGAAGCUGUAAAGCCGGUUUUAUUACCAACUAAAAACUGAACCAUUAGAUGAAGCGAGCGAUAGUGACAACAAUAUGAACUGGUCAUGAAAUGCUGACAUGGCCAUCGAGAUGGAGGCAUGUGGUGCUACACAACCGAACUGGCGUGAUAUGCCUGGCGAGUUUGGUCCCGUUAAGGUUCAGCAAGUAGCUUCAUGGCAAAAUCAUUGCAGUCAAGCAGAAGGACCAGAAAGAAGCACUGUUCAUAAUACAGUACAGCAAAUUCUGAUGUUCGCUUUAGGGGAAACGGAUGUGCUGUGGUAGCCUACAGUGGGCAUGUCGAUCAGGCUGACAUUCUAGCCACUCGUGCGUAAGCAACAGAAAAAACUAUUAGAAGAAGAGUGUGCCACAGAAACACACAUCUACUGCCCGAUUACAGCAGUAGACGCUAUGCAUACUUCUCCUGCUGUAUUCUUAAGAUAUUUUAGUACUUACAUAUUACUAUUACACGUAAUAAACUUUUUCCUUGCAGAUAAAAAAAAAUAAAAAUCAAUGUUAAACAUAAAACUAAGUGGGCAAUGAGACGAGAAGCUACAAACUGCACCAGUUAAAGAAAUUAUUGGCAGCCGAAAGCCCCAAGUGCUAAUCACUGCAGUAACGGUCCAGUCGUACGGAUUUUUGGCCUGGCAGUGUUCACAGCUGAAGGGAAAAGAAAAGAUUUGUGGCCAUCUUGUGUCACUUUACAGAGGGCUUCUGUGAAGGUGAUACGUGGAGUAAAAACAGUAGCACUGAAUUCGCUCAGAGAUGGUAACAAGAAGCAGAUAUUACAAGACACUAGGAAUGCCAGGCUAUUUAUUAAUUUAUUGUUUUAAUUUUUAAAAUUUAACUGGCUUCCUGCACCUUUCUUUAUACCCUGUCCAGUGUUUAACUGGAAAGCCACUGAGAAAGGUGCACCACUAUGCAGCAAGAGGGUGAUGAGGUUGAAAGUCGCUAUAUAUUUUAUUUUGUUGUUUAAUAAGGCACACAUCAUUCUCCAUGCUCUGAAUUGUGGUAGUUUUAAAACGCAGGCAAUUUCUAAUCAAGGGCUCAGAGUAGAUUGCGGUGACUUGCCGAUGUUCACCUACCCAUCCCAGAAACAACAGUCCUUUGAUAUUUCACUUUCUGAUAAUCGGGAUAAGUGUUUCAACACGCACAGGACUAGCAAACAAGAGAAGGUGUCGGAUUCACAUUUUGUAUUUACUGUAUAUGCUGCAUGAUACAACAAUUCAUUGUAGCAAAAGGAGGGCAUUUAUAAGGGAGAAAAAGUGCAAUAUUUAUGGGGUGCAGAUGGCUGCCCCCAUGCCUAUCAGAAGACUGCAUCUGCAGUGUUUGUCUAAUACUCUACAUUAUUUAAAAAAAAAAAAAAAAAAAAAAAAAAACCACGUAAUCAAGUGGAAAGCAGCAGGAUGCCCUGCUUUAGUCCACUUGCCACCGUCUCAGGCCUGCCACCGUAUUGUUGUUCUCAAUGCAGCGUUGAGUUUGUAUUUACAACAAUGCAAAAGACAGAACUGCAGCCUUUGAAAAGCAGCGAGUCAUUGUAACAGGAAGGGAAUGGAGGAAAAGCAAAACAAAACAAAACACACGAAACGAAACAAAACCCCACCACCCACCGGAGCAGAACCCAAGGCAGUUUUGAAGUGCCCAAUAAAAAGUACUCAACUACUUGACAACUUUUACUAAUUUUUACAUUCAAGAUUUUUUUUCUGGAAGCUCCCAUUUUAAAUGCUUGAAGUCACUCUUUGUUUUACACGUUAAAUGAUUUUGUAAGCAGCACUAUUAUGUUUUAAGAUGCGGAGUGCUAAUAAUCUUGAUUUGCUGCUGGCUUGCAGCAUACAAGAAACAAGUUCUGUGCACAACUAUGCAACUUUUAACCCUCAUUUUGGCUGAGGCUGCUUUUCUGGCCGUCCAUAUUUACUCCUUUGAAGUAGCAGUGAGAGGCGCUGCUCCCCAGACACCUCAGCAUUCCUUAAUGAGAGCUCCUGAGGUUUAGUGCUUCCAUGGCUGGCUUUGGGUGUCAAUCCCAUCCAGCACCCCAUUCACGCUCAUCAUGGACCCCCAACACCACAGGCUCCUUCCUAGGUGUACUGAACCACACACUGAGGACACUGUACACCUAAAAAGCUCUCAGUUGAGGGUUUUCCCCUCAGUUCUAAGUUUCUUUUCUGUGGCCCUUUAACUUGCCAAAGUUGAUGGAGCUCAUUACUGCAAGCAUUUGGGAAGAAACAGAGGUGUUGUACAACUUGGUAUACUGUGACCAAACCCUUUUUUUAAAAUGCAAGCUCACUUAGAUGUAUAAAAACUAAAUGAAACUAGCUGUGCAGACUAGUGUGUAUUAUAAGAACCCCGCCCGUUUUACCUUUUAAUGUCUAUUUCCAAGUAGAUGCGUCAAUGCGUCUGGGAGGUGUGUGAAUGUUUCAGACGAGUUCCAGAGAAUAUCCAACAUGGCUCACAGUCCUUUCGACCCAACUGCAUGCAAUUUGUUGUGUUAAUGUUAUAAUUAUUUACUGUUAACCAUUUAUUUGUGCUUUAGAUGGUUUUAAAAAUGUAAACUAGGCAGACACAUUUUAGUACACCUGAGGGAGCAGACUAAUGCAGUGGUUCUCAAACUCUGGCUUUUGUACCAACCAAAUUCUGUUUUUAAUUGAACUCCUGGCCUAACUAAGCAAGCCGUUGGGGUCAAUGUAGAAAUUACAAAAGUGUGGGGGAUUUUUAUUUUCAUCCCAAGCAUUUAUUCCUGUUCCAUUCUAAAUUACAAUUAUUUAUUUUUAAAAACUUAAUUUAUUUUUUCCAUUAUGAUUAUGCACUUUACCUGCUGUUCAGUUUAUUAAAGCUAUUAUUUCUAAUGAGCAUGUUAAUGGGGUUAAUGUUGAAGCAGUUGCAACCUUCCACCAUUCAGCCUUGUUUGGCUAGUUGUCUAUUCUGCUUGUUGUUGUCACUACUAAAAUACAAUAAAAACAACACAGAAAAACGCAUAUUAAUAGGAAAACAAAAAGGUAUGGACAUUUUUCCCCUAUUGUUUUACAUGCUCAUUUGUAAAUAUAAAAAACACACUUCUGAAUGCAGAAUGAGGGGGGAAAAAACAAAUGAAUGAGGUUGCUUAAAAUAAUACAACUUAUUUAUGAAACUGGUUGGAGCAAAAACCAGCAGCCACAGUGAGUUCCCCAUGACAGAAUUUGAGAACCGUUGGGACUACCGAAUGCAGUUUGCCUCAAACUACUGCCAUGUCUGUAUGUGUUUAUAUAUAAAAAAAAUAUAUACACACACACACGUUUAUAUACAUAUACACACACACAGAAUUACAUGGGUUACAUUGGGUGUACACAAGUUAUUAAACAUUAAUUGAUGGUCAAAAGUGCAACUGACUACAGGUCGUGCAAUAGCCUCUGCACUUUUUUAAAAAUAUUUUGUUAAAAACAGACAAUAUGCAGACCCUUUAAAAAAUGUAUCACAUUUACAUGCAAAGAACAGAAUGAACCAUUUGCUUUCCUGGUAUUUAAGAAUGUGAAGAGAAGCAGCAGUUCUAAGCAAUAUUCUGCCAAAGCUGCCUCCUAGAACUCCAGUAUGAAUACAAGUGCUGCUCACACUCACUCACUCUAUCGCUCACUCUCUCUAGUGACUUUACAAUUAGUGUCACGCUUCAUGAAACGAACCCUGCCCUUUGUUACUCCCAGACAGACAGGGCCAGGGAUGGGGGUUCGAGGCUUCUCAAAACUUAAACUACUACACUACACUACUAGUUAACUAAGCCUUUUAUCCCCCCCCCCCCCCCCCAUCUUAAAACAAACCACUUGGCCCUUUUGUAUGACUUUCACAGUAGUCUUAAAAAUGGAUCAAAAUGCCUAGAAGCAGCUCUUUCAGUGGACUCUUUUCUGUUAUCCCAGGUAGACACAGUAACUCUGUAGAAUCUGUAGUGUGUUUCUUUGUGUUUUCAGCUGUGUGCAAUACACAGAAUAGGAAGAGGUGGGAGUGGGAAACGUGUAAAUAAACAUUUGUGCUUAGCAGUUUAUUUUUGUGUGUCUGUGACUUGAAUAUAUCACAAGAAAGCUGUAUUCUCUAUUGUGUUCAUUGAUAUUAAAAGUAGUUUUAUCUUUCAUGUCAAAAGCUUCUAUAAUAAUUGCUUCUGGUUUUCCUGUAUCAUUUUAUAGAUUUGUCUGCACAAAAUGCAAUAAAAAAUCAUUUUAUUAUA